AUGGUUUCCUCUUCUAUUUCCUCCUUGCUCCUGACUCUGUCAUUUACCUCGAGCACAUUGGGAUACAAGCUAGUCCACAACUUCGACAGCACAAACUGGUUCCAAUCUUUCGACUGGCACACCGAAAAAGACCCCUCCAACGGCUUCGUCGACUACAUCUCCCUCCCCACCGCGCAAUCCCUCGGCCUCGCCAAAAUCACCAACAACCAAGUUUUCCUCGGCGUCGACAACACCAACGUCAUCCCCCAAGGAUCCCGGGGCCGUAAAGCAAUCUGGCUAACCUCCAAGAUCGAGUUCACUCGCGGCCUGUUAAUCGGUGACUUCGCACACAUCCCCUCUUCAGACUGCGGCAGUUGGCCCGCCUUCUGGACGACCAACAACGGGGAGAGCCGGACCGUCGACGUGCCUGAUCCAGAAAAAGUGUUGUACGGGGAAAUUGAUAUCUUAGAGUACUUCAGCGACGACACGAAUGGAGCGAUGACGUUGCAUACGGAUACGCGCUCGCAUUGUACGUUCGAUCAGAAGAAGGGGCCUUUCCAGACGGGGGAGCGGGCGGAGGAUUUCACGGACUGUACGGUGGGUGCGGGAUGUAGUACGACGGGGCUGGCGGAUAGUGUUGGAACGCCGUUUAAUGCGCAGGGUGGGGGUGUUUAUGCGAUGGAUUGGACGGAGAAGCAUAUUAAUAUCUAUUCGUGGCCGAGGAAUGCUGUGCCGAAGGAUAUUACGGAUGGGCAACCUGAUGUGGCGAAUUGGGGUACUCCAGUUGCGAGUUUUGAUGAGUCGAGAGGGGAUUGUGAUAUGGUUGAAAACUUUGUGGCGCAGACUAUUUACUUUGACACCACAUUCUGUGGAGAUAUGGCUGGGGGACAAGGUUGGACUGACUGGAGUACUUGUGCAGCGACUACGGGGGUAGCGACUUGUGAGGAGUAUGUUAGGAACAAUCCUCGUGCGUUCGCUAAUGCGUAUUGGUUGAUCAAUUCUGUCAAGGUUUAUCAGUGA